UCUCUGGUAGUGCCUAAUUGAAAUGAAACAACUUUAAAAUUAAGAUCUUACUCUUACUCCUACUUACUUACAUUUAGGCAGCAUUUUCAUUGUUAAUUCGUCAUGAAUCAUUCGGAGAUACAAGAAUUUUUAGGGAUCAGCCGGUGGUACUUCAAGUAUAAUACAAGUUAUUUGUUUUUAAGUUGUUUGUUUGUUUUCUAGACUGGUUCAGAUUUAACAUAACUUUUCAAUUAGUCACGGGAUGGAGCUCCGUUAAGCAGCUGACUAGAGGUCAUGAUCAUGACUUUAUACUGCCGUUAUAACGUUAGUAAAUGGCUUGAAACUUCAGCGUCUAACCUAUCACGCUGACCGAAAGUAUAUCACAUGGCAGUUUUUUCAGUUCUUGGUAAGAAUAUUAAAGUUACAAAUCUACCACCUACACUUGGGCGAAAGGAAGAUGGAGAGAGGAGAAAGAUGGAGAGGACUAUACAAACGGAAACAUGAAACCAAAUAAAACGGAAACUAGCUGGAAAACUUGGUACUCAAGCUUGUUUGUUCAGUCUCGGACUAUGCCCCUUUUGAGCUUGCAUUGACGGAAAACGGGUCCUUGUUGGUUGUCAUUGGCUGCGCCGGGUUCGCUUUGUACACAAUUGCGACAGACAACCGGAUGAAAAUGCGAGAGACGAGGUCGCGUAAAACUGUAAACACCUCAGACAAACUUUGCCAGCCCAUCGCAUGCAAAAUUAAUCGGCUAACGAGACGACAAAAAAAAUGUUGUGUUGAGUCAACUAUGACUUCAGUGUACUGUAGAAAGACUAUGCCGCUGAGGGGUUUGUAACUAGCCCGUGUAAUGAAAUGAUAAUCAGAGAUAGCUUAUAUCAUUUCGCGGUAGCCAUUUGAAGACAUAAAUCAAUCGUCUCAGUUUUUUACUAUCUGACAACACCUGUCACAGGUAGUUGUCGCUCUACAGUCUUGAGCUGACAAAUUCAGUUAUCGGUUAUGAGAACCCAGAAAUGUUCCCUGGGUAAUGGAGGACAGCUGAUCAAACGCCAAGAUAGACUGUUUGCACGCUUUGACUGCCAAUUGUACAAACAAGUCUCCUCACAGGCCCACAAAGAUAAUUUAGACUUCUACAUUCAACAUUUUCCCCUAGGGCCCACUUUAAUUUCUAAAUUGCGGUCGUCUCAUGUAUAAUUUAUCACCGGGCCUAAGAACUGUAGCCUUAUCUUAACUAAUCGACCACAAAAAUUUACUCAAAUGGUUGCGAAAAUUAAAAAAACAGAAACAUUCACUCGGUCACACAAUGGGAAAAGUUAAAGGAAGAAACCGUGGCUUGCGUUUACUGAAUCAGUUGAAAUGUGUUCUCCAUCAAGGUCUAUUUUUCCAUGGUUACCGAUAUAAAGAUACGCUCUGACGAUAUAUAAAUCUUUAGGGCCAUAUUUCACUCGUGGUUUCUUUUCUAUGAAAAUAUUUUCACAACAAAAGCAAGCUGCUGCGCCGCUUUUGUUUCAUUUAUUGUCGCGUGUUGUUACAACUGUUUCGUAGGGUUCCGAAACAAAAGGCGUACCCACUGAAACCCUACACAGUCGAAAGAAAUUACUUCCCAUGUGCUAUUCACGCUUUGAGAUUAGUUUAGAUGUAAUUACAAAUUCUUUCUUCGCGUAAUCUAACGUAAUGAAAUCCUCCAAUAGGAACAAGAAUGCCAAAGACUGACAUUUCCUCUACUCAGACGAUGUCUCUCGAGUUUCAACAGGCCCCCUAUUUCUGCCCGGAUCUGCUUGUCUUGUAAAACAAAUACGAAAGCUUGCACAUGAACGCUAGCAAGACGCAAAAACCCCGGCCGACUGCCGCUAAGGUUAGGUUUCUUGUUAAGAGGGCAGCCUCACGAGUUAGGUGAAUAUUCUAUUCCUGUACUUCACUACCUGUUCUGCAGUAUUAUAAAGUGGCGAUAGGUUUUCAACCAUUAGUUCAAGAUAAUAAAUGACAGCUACUGAUCUGACAUCUCAGGAAAACUGACGCAAUUUGUCGGAAAGAAUAAAUAUUUUGAAUAUACAGUGUUGCAUUUUGGCAGUUUAUUUUAGUUGAUAGCCUAAAGCUUAAUCUACAGGUUCGCGCGUAAGAAAUCGGGAAUGUUUAGAUAAGGGAAGAUAAGCGCUCUGUGAAAACACCAUAUGUCACAAUAUUUGACAGAAACUACUUGUGCCAUUUUUGCUUUCAUAAAAUGAGACAAAUCAAAGCCUUGGUAUAUGGUAAUUUUGCCGGGUGGUCGUGUCUUGUGAGCACACAGCAUGCGAGCCGUGGCUCAGUGUUUCGAAAGAAUGAUAUUUGAAAGGCUGGCUUUGUAAAGAUAAUUUACCGGAGGCGAUUUACGUUAAUGAGGAGCUUCCUACCUGGCGAAGGAAACACAUUUAAGCGAAUAAACACUCGACUUCUCAUCCGGGAUUUCCUAACAAAGGAAACCGCAAUCCACAGAGCGCGAUAAAAGGUUUGUCAAUAUCUGUACAUCGUGGUGGGCCUGAACUUCAGCGUUCUGAAAUGGCAAUUCUUCGGUCAAACAAGGAACAGAAGAUCAAGCUGGCAGAGUUGAAUCCGUUCAUAACGUGUGAACUAUGCAAGGGAUAUUUGAUCAAGCCAACAACCAUUGCCGAGUGUUUACACACAUUCUGCAGGAGUUGCAUUGUGCAGAAUCUACAAGACAACGAGGAGAACAUCUGUCCAAAGUGCUCAACAGUCAUUCAUGAAACAAACCCAUUUGAGAUGUUGAGGUCAGACCAAAUGUUGGAAGAUAUUAUAUUUAAGUUGGUGCCAGGACUUCAAGAAAGAGAGAGAAGAUGCCAGGAAGAAUUCAACGCAGCCGUUCGAUCAGGGAAGAGGGAUACAAGUUCCCUUAAAAACAAGCACAAAGAAUCAGAUGACCCUCCACUAAAGAAAUGUAGAAGCUUGUCACGGAAGGAAGAUCAGUCAGAUGACUCAGACAGCAGUCACAACUUCCACAGAGAUGAUCCACAGAUUGGUGUUUGUCUGCAAUAUCUCAGAAAUUGUAUCGAUGACGAACAAGAUUUCGGUGCAACUAAAUCUGGGUGUCGUGCGGAAAACACUGAAGCAGAAAAACCAUCCGAAAGCCAAAGAGAUCAAUCAAAGUUGAAUGGUUCCAUGUGGGAACUGGUGAGAAAAUACAUCAGGUGUUCUUCGCGAACCACAAUCGGCCACAUCAAGAAAUACCUCAAACUCAAGUUGAAUCUUUCUGCUGUUGAUCAGGUUGAAGUGAUGUGUAACGGAGAGAUCAUGGGCAAAGACCACACUCUGGAGUUUGUGUUCAUGACAAGAUGGAGAGUAACGGGCAAUGCAAUUUUAACCCUGCAAUAUCGACCCAAACUGGACUUCCUAUGACGAAUGGAAUCAUAAAUAGUAAUUAUGAAUAGGUGUGAUAAAAAUGAAGAAACGGAUGUACCAGCGUAUCGCAUCACUUUCGCUUAUUUCUAGUUCCUUUGCUUACUGAGUCAUUUGUACAUCCUUUUCUCGCGCUUAUAUAUCGCAAAACCAGUUAAACUCGAGUUGACAGGGAGGGUCACGUGGAAUGCCAUUUAUAACAUCUCUUGUAUUUGAAACGAUUUUCAUCAUUGUUAGUUCCAGCUUCACCAUGAGCAUACAAAUUGUCUAUCGUCCCCUCCUUCCUUGCCAGUCCGCUGUCUUAUAUCACGCUGCAAGGGAAACCUGGAAAGGGAACAAAGCCCUGCUUCCGCGCCACAAGAUCUGUGAUGAGAUAAGAUCCCUUUUACUCUGCCAAUCGUAAUAAUGCUGAGUAGCUUGUCGUCCUAAUAGACUAACUGAAAUCGCUUUUGUAGAAUUCAGUUUUUAUAGUGUCGAAAAGUGCGAAUUCAGCUUUUAUAGUGCCAGAAAAAGGUAUUUAGGUACCAAGUGGGAGAAGUUCAAAUUAGAUAAGUAGACUUUUGAGAUAGUCGGUGUAACUACGAGUUAGGCUAAAAAUAUCUGAACAACUAAACCAGAACCUGAACCCCGGUAACUACACGAUCUAGUCGCUCUAUCUAGACUUUGAAAUUACAUUUAUACAUUUAAGAAAGAAACUCAAACUAGCCUUCCAGCAUCAUGAAUUACAUAGGUGAGAACAAGGAGAAUUUUCAGGAAUUUUAAGGAUAUUAAGUGAGAGGUAGCCAAAUUAUUGUGAUCAAAUUAACGGCGAAGUCGCGCCGGUCGGUCAUCUGCACAUGUUCACACCAUGUUAACCAAGAGUGUUUACUUGGUGUGAACAGGGUAGCCACUAAGGUAACCACGUUGCUUGUUAAAAUACUUUCUCUUUCUACUUUUGAACUUUGAAAAGUUUAUUAUUACAUAUAGUAAGUUUGUUCAAGCUGAACUUCGAGCAGUUCGGCAUCAAAACAAUUAAAAAUAUCUUUUCCGUUAACGUCUUGUUAGUUUACCAUCUUUUAGUAGUGACUGGAAAUAUUUCAUUGUUAUCUAAUUUUGUGUCUAUUUGUUUUGCCGUUCAAGUUAAGGAGGAAGACUUGGGGUAGCAUCAUGUAACUUUUCCGUGGAGAUAUUUACCUAAACUUUGUAUUUUCGACAAAAAUGUUUGUAAACUUAGGAAAGAGCAUCGUCCUCUUUAAAAGACAAUUCGUAAUUCUAUCAUUAUAUGAAGCAAAGAAAGUUGACUUGAAUAUUGUUUCUCGUUUUCCGUUCGAAAUGUGUAACUGAAGUAGGUUGCAAUUAAAUACCGGCACAUUUCGAUACUAUCAAAUAUUGUAAAUAUUGUAUACAGAAAUGUAAUGUUUGUAAGAAAAAUCUAAUCAUAAAAGUAAUAUAAAAACUUUAAUAAAUGGUUGCAGUUUUA